ACUCGCGGGCCGCAGUGAAAAGCCGGAGGCGGCGGCCGCUCGGGCUGCGCGCGGGUUCCCGGUGCCUUCCCCCCCCACCCGCUUCGGCCGCCUCCCGCACCCUCCAAACUUCAUGUGACCCCCCCCCUCCUCCUCCCUCCUUUCUCCUUAGCUGGACGCGGCAGCCGUCCGUCUCCGCACGAGCCGUGCCGCACGCUCCUCGGGGGGCGCACCGCUCGCCGCGCCCCUGCCCACCUCGGGGCCCGGGCGUCCCGCUCCCCUCUCCGCGGCCCUCCUCCCCCCCCCUCUCCUCCCCUCACCAUGAGCAGCGUGAAGCCGGACGUCGAGCACUGCACCGGCACGGGCCCCGGCGGCCCGCUGGAGGAGGAGGUCCGGACACUGUUUGUCAGUGGCCUCCCUGUGGAUAUUAAACCUAGAGAACUCUACCUGCUCUUCCGGCCGUUCAAGGGCUAUGAAGGGUCCCUGAUCAAGCUCACCUCAAGACAGCCUGUUGGUUUUGUGAUCUUUGACAGCCGGGCAGGAGCAGAAGCAGCCAAAAAUGCAUUGAAUGGUAUUCGCUUUGAUCCGGAGAACCCACAGACCCUGAGGCUAGAGUUUGCCAAAGCUAACACCAAGAUGGCCAAAAGCAAGCUCAUAGCAACACCAAAUCCCACCAAUGUCCACCCUGCCCUAGGAGCACAUUUGAUUGCACGGGACCCUUGUGCGCUGGUACCCCUCCUCAGAUACCACCCAGCAAGGAUGGAAGUACCGCCAGUUCUGUUAGCUCCUCAGUCUUGUCACCCUGGAGUUGGUCCUGGGUUGUGUGGGGCCAAAACAGGGCUCUGCCCUCACUGCCACCCGAGGCCUGUGCGGAACUGCUGCUUCCCUCUAGACACUGUGAAUCUGAAGCCUGACUCAGUGGACGGCUCUUGUUUCCUUCUUCCUCCGUUCCCCAAGGCCCUCCAGGAGGAUCCGGAGGCCUUCUGACUGGGACACCCAGGCCCAGCUUGCCCGCCUCAAUGGGAACCCAGCACAGCCUGACCUCCUGCUCAAACUUACUUCGGUAGUUCCCCAUCAAGGGAAAGGGACGUUUAAUUUUGCAUGUUUAUGAAUUAUGACGCUUAAACUUGUGCAUAUGAGUGUACGGUUUGUUCCCACAAUGUCGCCAUAGCAACAGGUCUCGGCACCGGAGGCUUGUCAAGCCUGGUCUCUCUCCACUCCUGACUCCUACACCCACCCUACUUCAGGGAGGCCUGAGCCUUGCGGCCGCUUCUGACUUGAAGGACCCUGCUCCUAACAGACACACACACACACACACACACACACACACACACACACACACACACCCCACACACAUUUGCAGACACCAUCCUCUUCUAGCAGCAGAUCCACAGCCUCUGACUUUCACUAAAUCAGAGUCCUGCGUCGUCUCCUUGUCCAGAGGGCUGACAGCCUAAGAAGCCUCCCUUGUUCUUGCCUCCCCCAGAACACGCCACCCUGCCACUGCUCCUCGUUCUUCCUGAACUCUGAAACCAACCAAAACGUGAAAAGUAUUUUUGUACCCUAUGUAACAAAAUAUUUAUGGAUCAUAAAGGGUUUUUCAUGUGUUUACCAUUAAUUAUUGAAGAGACCUUGUUCAGCCUGUCAGAUAAGUUUAAUGUUUAGUUUGAAGCGUGAAGAAGAAAGGGGGUGGGGGGGUGUUCCGUUCCUUAGCGAUCAGCCUUUGUGUCGGGCAUUGGUUUAAGAAGAAUGAGCUGAAGGAUAAAUUGUGCAAUUCUGUUUUAUUUUACAAGCAUGUCCGUGCUCUACCUUUAACCUCAGCUCGGAUGUUCGGCUGCUUCGGACUGUGGGUGAUGUCUGGAGGUGGCUGUUGUAAUUGCUGACCCUGUGAGAAUGUGAAACUGGAUCGUAAAUGAAACGCAAAAUAAAAACCUGAAGUGACUGUG